CAAUCCGCACCCGUGAACUCUAACUCAUUCAUUCUCGUUCAUUCUCUAAUUACGACUCCCCUUUCCACCUAAUCCCAUUAAGCUGUAUAUAAACGGAAGCCCAUUCCACUCCGUUACCAAUUCCAUUUCGUCCCUUCAAAUCAUGUCGAGACUUCAGCGGCCUCCUCCUCCUCCUCCUCUUCUUGUUCUUGUUCUUUUGCUGAGCCAGAGUCUCACCCUAACGCACUGCCAUACCAAGGGGCUCAAACCCAAGAGCUCGCCCAAGACCGUUCUUCCCGAGAAUUCGACCACAACCCAAUUCUCAGAGCAGCAAUUUAUGAAAUGGGUCAAAUUUGUCGGCAGUCUCCGACACUCUGUUUUCAGAACGGCGAAGAACAACCUUUUUCCUUCUUAUACUCUCCAUGUGGCUAAGAAUCCGGCUGUCGGGGACUUCACGUCGAUCCAAGACGCCGUCGAUUCCCUCCCUUCAAUCAAUUUGGUCAGAGUCGUCAUCAAGGUUCAUGAAGGUGUAUACACAGAGAAGGUGAACAUACCCCCGUUGAAAUCAUUCAUAACAAUCCAAGGAGCAGGGGCUGACAAAACGAUUGUUCAAUGGGGAGACACCGCACAAACACCAGGCCCAAAGGGGCAGCCAAUGGGGACUUACAACUCCGCAACAUUCGCAGUAAAUUCCCCUUAUUUCAUAGCCAAAAACAUCACAUUCAAGAACACCACCCCUGUUCCAGCACCAGGGGCAAUCGGGAAGCAGGCAGUGGCGUUCAGAAUCUCGGCGGACACAGCAGCAUUCUACGGCUGUAGAUUCUUGGGAGCUCAAGACACACUAUACGACCAUUUGGGUCGGCAUUAUUACAAGGAUUGUUACAUAGAAGGGUCGGUGGACUUCAUAUUCGGAAACGGGCUGUCUCUGUUCGAGGGAUGUCACGUGCACGCAAUAGCACAGAACGCAGGAGCGUUGACAGCGCAGGGGAGAAGCAGCCUGCUGGAGGACACAGGGUUCUCGUUCGUAAACUGUAAGGUCACGGGGUCUGGAGCGCUAUACUUAGGGAGGGCAUGGGGGCCCUUCUCUAGGGUCGUCUUCGCUUACACCUAUAUGGACAACAUUAUUCUCCCCAAAGGCUGGUACAACUGGGGCGAUCCCAGCCGCGAAAUCUUAAAAUUGAACAAAUUCGAAGCACAAAACAUAAGUCCAAAACAGAGCAGGAGAAAGCCGUAAGCUAAGCAGCAGCGGCGGCGGCGGCGGCGGCGGCAGAGGCAGAGGCUGUCGUUUUCCUCCAACGUGGAAUGCACUAAAAGACCAAAACUUUUUAAUAUUUAUAGUAGCUGAGAGACCACCGCCCCACCAACAUCGCCGCCGCCGCCACCCUCUGAGAGUGGAGGGUUUGGGCGGUGGCAUUUCCCCAUUUAACCGUCCAUGAUCUGUGACAGAGCAUGCGCAUGUAAGGAGAUUUUGGUAAUUUAGUAAUGAGUUUGUUUAAUGUUGUUGUAGGACGGUGUUUUAUGGGCAAUACAAAUGUACAGGCGAAGGAGCUAGCUUUGCCGGCAGAGUUUCAUGGUCGAGAGAGCUCACUGAUGAAGAA